GCGGCUUUGAGCGUUUUUUGCAGUCCUGAUCCGCGUACGAUCCGUAACACAGCGCUGGACGAUCGCUGCCAGCAGCACAAAUACACGAGCGAAGAUUAAGACACGUACUGAUGGCGGACGCGGAGGAGCUGCCGCAGGCGCCAUUGACCCCGCGAGGGCAGGGCGUGAAGCACAAGGAGCAUCCUGUCCAGUCCUGCGAGGCCGACUCGGCGCGCGCCGAUCGGGCCGCGGUGAAAGCGGCGCGGCGAGGCGCGGUCCUCAUGUCGAGCGAGACGCCCGAAGCGGCGGGCUGCGUCGAAAACCUCCAGGCCUCCUUAAUUGCAGCGGGCCAGGACACGCCGCGCGCGUCCACCAAGGACACGGCGCAGAACUGGGAGCGGACGGAGCCGCCGGCCAAAACGUCCGCCAUCGUUGACGCGUUCAGGCGUCUCCGACUCACGGGGAUCGGGGGAAGUAUCGGCUAUUUAGCGGCGGCGGUCCAUAGAGGCACCUUUUGGCUGUGGCAGCGCAAACAGCUCUAUGUCGAGGAGGGCAAGGUCUGGGACGCGAUGGACAGCGAGGAGCGGCGCUUGCGCAUAUUAGCGGCGGACACAGCGUUUCAGGACGCGAAGGCCCACCUCAAGAAGGUCGAGACGCUGGGCAAGGCCAAGAUCGCGAUAUUCGACGCCGCGGACGCGGAGUUAGCUGGUUUCCGGGCGCGGUGCGUGACCUGGGCGACGGAGAAGGGCCACCCGGUCUUAUUAGUGGGCGGCGGGUCAGGGGUGCUGGCCAAGGCCCCCGUUGGCGGCAAAUAUAGAUAUAGUGUUGUAUUAGAUGAUGAUGUCGAAGGUGUGGGCGUCAAGGGCCAAGAGGUGAAGCGCACGAGGGCCCAGAUCGACGAACGGUAUGUGGCACCGACUUGCACGGAGAUGGAGAGCGGCGCGUGCGGCAAGGUCGGCGUGAGAAUCACAUCAGUCACUGUGACGCGGGACGGCCUCGAAGACUUUGGCCUGCGGUUGGUGGCGGCGCGAGCGAACGCCGAGACGACGGCCUACGCGGCGGCCUACGCGGAGGUCGCCGCCGAGAACUACGACGGGGGGCACGACGCGUUCGCGGCGAGGUGCGCGGCGGCGAAGACGCGCACGGAGGUGCUGGUCGAGGUUUAUGAGCGCUCCCUGGCUUUGUCGUGUAUCCCAAAAGCCGAGAUUUCUUGGCAUCGCUGCCAGUUGAUCGCGGAUGAGGCUGGGCCCGGUUAUACCCAGCCAUCGGGGAAGUACCAGUACUGGCCCACCGUGAUUAUGAAAGACGUCGAGGACGAGCUCGACGAGCAGCCGCCCGAAGAACGCCUGGCCGACCUCUUUCGCCGCCGCAAGUUAGCUUUACAAAGGCCCAAGCCCACGGAAGAGCUCGAGCUCUUCAACGAGCAGAAGGCCGCGGCGGCGUCGGAAACGUUGAACUACAAGCUCAAGGUCCCUUGCUUUAACCAGGCGAAUUGGGACGAGGCCGAGCGCGCCUUCAACGUCGCCGAGGCCGCGCGGAAAGGGAAGCGGCACGCCGUCGCCUCGGCGCGCUGGCGCCUGCCUUUGGAUCCGAGCAUGAAGCUCGCGCCCCCCGCCAACGCCCUGCGCAAGUGCAAGAAGUACCUCGUCCUGACCGACGAGGUCGAAUUUGAGGAGCUCGGGGAGCUCGUCAAGAGCCUGGAGCACGGCGCGAAGAUCCACCCUCACCAGUUCCCUGUGUCUUAGGUCCGGGAGAUAAGAGUGUUCUUUAAAGCACGUAGCGAGCAGCGGACCGCCGACGACGCCCGGGCAGCGGCGCGCGCCGUCGUCAAUAGUGAUAUGGACAGCAUCGACCCCGCCGGCCUUUCGCUCGUCGCGCCCGAGCUCGUGCGGUACCUGCAAACGCGUGGGUUCCCCGCAAACCUGAAGAGUUAGUAGCCUA